GGCCCCAGGCGGCUGAGAGAGCUUUAAUGGGGGUGCGAGAUAGCGGGGAUCGGAGAGGCAGCAGUUGGGAGACACAGCUUUAGGGUCCCUCGUUCUCUGCUCACUCCACCAGGGCAGUGAAAGGGUCCGGGGAGGUGUGGGGCCUGGCUGGGGACGGCGCGCAGACUUGAGGGUGGUGGGGCACCCGGAGCGGCAACUCCGUUCCUACGACGGGCAGUUUGCAGUUUUCACCGUUUCUGGUAAACAUGACUGAGAGGAAACCCUCGGCGGGGAUGGGAAAUGCGGCCGGGGCUGGGCCGGGCGUCGAUCUGGGUCAGGAAGGGAGGAAAACCCCUUCCCCGAGCGCGGGGCCUGCCUCCGCCCAGGAUGCGCCAGCGACGUGGGUUCCGGGUGCGGGGGAGGGGGCGGCAGCUGGGCGCGCGCCCCGCAGGAAAACAAAGUCAUCACCCACGGAGCUCGGGAAGAGCUCUGCACACUUUGACAUUCAACGAACAUGCAAAUAUAUCCUCCGGGCUGUCUUCGAAGAACUGUCGUCUGAGGUCCUCGAAGCCGUCGCUCCAGCUGCGCCGCCCGGCCUCCACCUCCUCGAUCACCACGCGGUGGAAGAGACGGAUGAGUUCCCACGGGUGGCUACCCAGCCGGUCGAACAUCUCGUAGCACAGCAGGUGGCGGAACUUGCGCUCCUCGCGGCUCAGGCCCAUUUCGAGCAGCUGGAAGUAGCCGAGCAUGAAGAGGUCCAGCGUGAGGCUGUCGUAGCGCCGGGGUGCGCCGCCGUCGAGGGGCGGCAAGAAGUGCUCUGGCCAGUACAAGCCGUGCGCCAGGGCCCGGCCGGGGGGCUGGCGGGCCGGCACCUGCCGCAGCAGGCUCCGCCAGUGGCCCAGCAGCUUGCCCACCACCUGCCGCUGCUUCAGCAGGCGCAGCAGCCGCUCGUCCGGGCCAUCGCCCGCCGGCGGCCGGGAGACAGCAGCGGCCUCUGGGCCGGGGUCGGCGCAGGCGCCCGCAGCCACCACGCGCGGCAGGAGUCUGCGCAGGCGCACCUGGGCGUGGCGCCCGGGUCCGCGGAAGGUCCACUUGCGCCAGUGCUCCAGGAAGAGGUAGACGAUGCGCUCCUUGCGCAUGUCAAUGUAGUCCUGGACGCCGCGCAGCUCGGUGGAGGACGGCGGCCUGCGCGCCAGCUGCUCGGGCCCUGGCAGCGCCGCCUGGCGGCCCGGCGCCUCGGGCGCAUCCAGGACGCCCACGGACUCGCCCGCGACCGGCAGGCCGUUGGUGGCGACGGCGGCGCUCGGCUCGCUGGGGCUGGCCACCGCGUAGUCCUCCUCGAGGAUGGGCUCGCGGUCCGGCCCGCUGGCAGGCAGCGAGAGCUUCCGGCGCGGGCCGCGCGGGGGCUCCGAGCCCUGGGCGCGUCGCUCGUACAUGGUGCGGAGGUGCCGCACGGAGACGCCGCACUCGAGGAUCUCGCGCGCCACGGCCUCGCGGCACCAGCUGAGCGAAUGCGAGCGGCCCAGGCAGAGCGGGCCUGGCCGCCAGGGGGCGUCAAUCAGCAGCGGCAGCGGCUGGCCCGUGUCGGCAGCCAGGAGCUCGGCCGGGUCUGCCGGCCGUCCGCCCAGCGCGGCCAGCAGCGAGGCCAUGCUCUUGAGCAGCACGGAGAUCUUGCUGCACCAGGCGGGCAGGCUGGCGGCGCGGCCGUGCAUGCGGCGCGGGUCGACGGUGAAGCGCGGCGCCGACAGGGCGGCCGAGAUGGGCAGCAGUUGCUCCAGCUCCAGCUCCAGCUGCUCCAGGCGCGCCUCUAGCUUCUGCGCCUUGUGCAGCACCUGCAGGUUCUCAAUUUGCUGCUCGAUGCGAAGGAUGUCGGCCUCGGUCAUGAGUUCCCCGAAGGGCCCGAGGAUGGCGUUGUGCUCGCGGGAGUACCUCCAGCCCUCGCGGGGGUAGCAGCAGGAGCUGGUGGUUGUCAGCUAAGGCGGGGAAGACAAGAGAGGGGAGGGGGGCGCGUCUCCCUCUGGCCCGGCUCCCGCGACGGUCGCCGGGGGGCGCUAUUUGCAUGUCCUGGGUGGUGUAAUGGCUCCGCGGGGCUGCGUUUGCAGGGGCGGGCCGCGCCUGGCCGACGGAAGAUUACGCUGGGACGAAGCUUCGGCCCAGGCGCCGCUCCAGGCGCUGGGCAGUGUCCGCUUUGGUCGCUGGCAGAGACACACAGCCGGUCGUUGGGCGCUGUUGCAGAGGCAGGGCCGGUGGAUGGGGUCUCCACACCUGGUUUGGUCGCUCAUUACACCACCGAAGGAACAUGCAAAAGGCGUUGAAGCUGCGACAGACGGCAGUCCUCUCCCUCCCCAUCCAAGGUCUGCGAUUUGAGGCCAGAUCCCAGCGAGGCCGCUCCUCACUCCAGACAGAUGACCCCCCUAAUCAAAGUCCCCUGCAGCCAAGCCCUCCCUGUCUAUGCCAUCGGUUUUACUGCUGAAUGAGAGGCUGCUAAAGAGCCUGUGGCUUCCACUCCUAUUCCCACCCACUCUGACUCCUAGAAUAACACAACUGAUAGAGCUAGGCUCGCCAGGCACUUUC